GUGUCAUAUAAUCCAAAGACUACGUAAUUUCCGUCUCCAUAACUUCUGACGUUAACGAUUCAGGAGAAUUCUAUCUAUAGGAAAUUUUAAUAUUUAAUUAUAUUCUAUUUAUUUAUUUUAAUUACUAUCCAAAUAUGUAUGUAUGUAUAAACAUACAUAUGUACGUUUAUAUUUACCGAAAAUGUUAUCUUAUCAUUUUUGUGUCUCGCACGACAUUACCGACUCGGUGUUGAGAAAGACUGUAGCGCCAGUGAAAUGAUGACAAAAGAUAAAAUGUGUAAUUACAUAUAGCGACAUUACGAUAUUCGAUUAUUAUUGAUAUAAUUUCGUGCCAUCAAUCUAUAAUCUAUAAGAUUUAACGUGACAGUAGGAAAAGAAGAAAAAGUGUCAUCCAAAGUGUCAUCAACUAAAGAUUGAGAUCAAUAGGUUUUAGAUUUACUUUUACAUUGUCAAAUAUUUCUAUGAUUUCCGGGUGUACAGAAAUGUAGAAAUAGGGGAAACUGAUAAAGUUGGAAGCUAUGAAGGACAGAAUAAACCUGAAAUGCAAUACCUUUUUGUGCUUCACAAUUUUGGAGAUUUAGUAACACAAGGCGCACAGAAGAAGAUUAAUAUCGUACCACCGCCAAGGAUUAAAGCGAUCAUGGCCAAGAUCGUCCAUACGGUAGAGGCUGCAGUCACACGGGCAGAUAACAGUCUUUUGGCCGCUGGCAAGCCGACAACCUCGUCGGUACUCAAACCUAAUCUCUUAGUCUUGCUGAGCAAGAACUUGAGACGCCGCGAUGCCUUCUCACAGGACAUCCUGGACGUCCUAUUCUACUGUACUUUCCAAACUUUCUCAAAUUAUGUUCCCUUGAUAUUUAUCAUUAUAUUCAAGUCAUACGAUAUUUCUUGCCAUUAUUUAUAUUCUCGUGUUAUUUGCUACUUUUUCUCUUUCCAUGAAAAAUAAAU